AUGUUCACAACUACAAAAACCAGACCAAACAUCAUCAAAAGAACAAUACCUCCAUCUCCAUCACCACCACCGCAAACCACCACCAUGGCCACCAAAACCAAGAAGCCUGUUUGCUCUAUCCAAUCCAGCCUAGCCACCACCCUUUUCUGUGUUCUCCUCUUCACAAUCCCAGCCCUCCUCCUCCUCCACACCCCUCCCACCUCCAUCUGCAACACCGCCUCCACCACCUCAACCUCUUUCUCCGGCGACCUCCGCUCAGCCGAAUUCUCCUGGAACCACCUUAGUUUCUCCUCCCACAUCCCUCCACCAGUCCCCCUCAAGAUAGCCGUCUUCACCAGAAAAUGGCCGGUCGGAACAACUCCGGGAGGAAUGGAGCGACACGCGUUCACAUUAUACACAGCUUUAGCAACCCGCAACCAUGAGAUCCAUAUCUUCACUUCCCCACCAAAUGAAGACGUUAGUUUAAUCAACACCAAGAGAAAAGACGAUAAUGCCCUCAUCGUCCAUUUCCACGAGGGCAACGAGCCGGGACAAUGGCGGUACAACAAGGCAAUGGAACAGUACGAGGAGGAAAACAAGGUACGCCCGUUUGACGUGGUCCACACGGAAAGCGUCGCGUUACCUCAUUACAAAGCUCGUGGUAUCCCAAAUCUUGCAGUGUCAUGGCAUGGGAUCGCUUUAGAAAGUGUCUCAUCAAGCAUCUACCAAGAUCUUAUACGAAAUCCCAAAGAGCCUAUGUCCCCUUCUUUUAACGAAAGCUUACAAGUCAUGAUCCCAAAAGUCCUCAAUGAAAUCCGAUUCUUUAGAAAUUACCGACACCACAUCGCUAUUAGCGACAGUUGUGGCGAAAUGUUGCGAGAUGUAUACCAAAUCCCGAGCAAACGAGUACAUGUGAUUGUGAAUGGUGUUAACGAGGACGAUUUCCGGGAAGAUUCAGAAUUGGGGAAGAAAUUUAGAUCCAAAAUUGGGGUACCAAAGAAUGCUAGUUUGCUCCUUGGGGUAGCCGGGAGACUAGUGAAAGACAAAGGGCACCCUUUGUUGUACGCAGCCUUUGCGAAACUGAUGAAAAAGUACACAAAUGUGUACUUGGUUGUUGCUGGGGCUGGACCCUGGCAACAAAGGUAUAUGGAGCUAGGACCACAGGUCAAAGUGUUGGGCUCAAUGAGCCCAACCGAGCUUCGAGGCUUCUAUAAUGGAAUUGAUAUCUUUGUGAACCCGACACUUAGGCCACAAGGGCUUGAUCUAACACUUAUGGAAGCUAUGAUGGCUGGGAAACCUGUGAUGGCAUCACGGUUUCCGAGCAUCAAAGGGACGAUUCUUGUUGAUGAUGAAUUUGGUUUUAUGUUUUCACCGAAUGUGGAGUCGUUGGUGGAGGCGUUGGAGGUGGUGGUGGCAGAAGGUCCGGGGAGGCUUGCUCAGAGAGGGAAGGCUUGCCAGAGAUAUGCAACCUCCAUGUUUACAGCUAGAAAAAUGGCGUUAGCGUAUGAGAGGUUAUUUCUUUGUAUAAAGAAUGAAACUUUUUGUAUUUACCCUUAG